GUAGCAUACAGUAGAAAAACUGGGCAGUAGUAAUAGUCGUAGGUGUGUCAGUUUGGUGUUUUUUUUUUCACUUAUUUAGAAUUUUUUUAAUAUCGUGAAAAUUAAAAAUAAUAAUAAAAAAAUAUCAUACUUAAUACAAAUUAAAUUAUUGGUUAAUAAUAUAUUAAAAUAAAUAUUUAUCUAAUAAAUUAUAAAACAGAAAAAAAAAAAAAAAAAUUUCUAAAACCAUUACAACCAUUUUUCAUACAAAUAAAUUUUGUCCCUUAAUCUCAUAAUAAAUAUAUUUUUCUAUAAGUUCCAUAAUAGUGUAAUAUGUAACAAUAACAAAAAAAACAUUUUUUUUUUUUUUUUUUAAUUGAUAACACAUCAACAUUUGACGACUGAAGAAAAUUUAUUUUUCCAAAAAAAAAAGUUUGUUAUUAAUUGUUUUUUUUUUUUGUUUAUUAAAAUGAUGAUAACGUAGAUAUCAAUAGGAGCUGCACAAGUUUUUUCACCGGUAUACUUAUAUAUACACAUAUAAAUUAUCAAUAAUAAAUAAAUUUAAAAGCAUCCAUGGAACGAAUAGCGAUGAAUAUUUAUCAAAAUAACAACAAUACAAAAAAUAUUUUGAAUUUUUUUUCAAGUAAAUGAUUGAUAAAUAAAAUAAUAAAUAAAUAACCAAAAAAAAGAAAAUGUCAAUCAAAGUGUUUUAAUAAUUAAAAAAAAAUAUCAAGUAGUGAAUGUGUGUGUUUAUUGUGAUUGAGUGAUAAGUAAGUUAUAAUAUCAUGUGGAAUAUGAUGUGUGAUGUAAUGCCAACAAUUGCUGAAGACAGUAUUAGCCAAAGAAGUUCACAAUUUUCUGGUGAAGAUGCAAAUUUUGAGCAACUCAUGGUGUCAAUGCUCGAUGAGCGAGAUAAGCUCAUGGAUUCAUUGCGUGAAAGUCAAGAAAGACUUCAAGAUGCUGAAGGAAGACUUCAAGAUGUUGAAAAAGAACGUGAUGCUCUUAAUCGACAACUUAAUGCUAAUAUUCCUCAGGAAUUUUCUUCACUCACGAAAGAAUUAUCUUCUGCUCGUGAAAGCAUUCUUGAACGUGAAGAAGAAAUCUCAGAAUUAAAAGCAGAACGUAAUAAUACUCGGUUAUUACUUGAACAUCUUGAAUGUCUUGUUUCACGUCACGAACGAUCAUUGAGAAUGACAGUUGUCAAGAGACAAGCUGCUGCACAAUCUGGAGUAUCAUCUGAAGUUGAAGUUCUCAAAGCUCUAAAGAGUCUUUUUGAGCAUCAUAAGGCACUGGAUGAAAAAGUGAGAGAGCGAUUGAAAAUGGCAUUGGAACGUAACACUACCUUAGAGGAAGAGCUUUCACGUACCAAGGAAGAGCUUCAACAAUAUAAAAUAAGCGGGCAUCCACCAAAGAAUCUAGAUGAAAGGCCAAAAGAAAAUGGUCAAUCUGAUGAUAUUCACACGACUAAGAAUUCUGAACUUACUGCAUGGCAGCGGAGAGCCAGUGAUCUUGGUGGACGAGUUUCUGAGCUGGAAGAAACACUUUCAAAGGCACAAAAAGAGCUUGUAAAAACCCAAGAUACAAAUGUUAAAUUACAAAGAGAUCUUCGUGAAAAUGUUGCUCAAAAAGAAGAUCAAGAAGAAAGAAUAGCAACUUUGGAAAAAAGAUAUUUAAAUGCUCAACGUGAAUCAACAAGUUUACAUGAUUUAAAUGAAAAAUUAGAGCAAGAAUUACAGCAUAAAGAAGCUCAACUCAAACUCCAAGAAGAAAAAAUAUCAGCGAUUCAAGAAAAAUUGGAACUUGCCGAGCAGAAGUUGGCACAAUUUUCAAAAAUGCCCGAAAUUGAAGAACAAUUAAAAGCAAGAAUGGAGACACUGACCCAGGUGAGGAGGCCCAAUCAGGUACAAGAACGACAUGGUAGUGCAGAAGACAGAAUUCAAAGACUGGAAGGUCAACUUGAAGAAAAAAAUGCUGAAUUAAUGCGUUUAAAUCAACGUUUAAAAAUGAAUGAAGAUCACAAUACACGUUUAAGUUCAACAGUUGACAAACUUCUUUCAGAAUCAAAUGAAAGACUACAAGUACAUUUGAAAGAAAGAAUGCAUGCAUUAGAAGAAAAAAAUGCAUUAACACAAGAGCUAGAUAAAACAAGAAAAAUUGCUGAAGAUUUACAAAAUGAAAAAUCAGAAAUAUUAAAAGAAUUAGGAAAAACACGUUUAGAAAUUGACAAUGUAAAACGUCAAAUGUUACAACAAGAAAUUGCAUUUAAUAUACAACAAACGGAUGCAUUAACAAGAAGUUUAUCACCAAAUGCAAUUGAUCCAACAUCAUCAAGAAGUGCUAGUCACAGUAGUUUUGAUACACAUUCAUUACCAAGAAGAUCAACAAAAAGAUUAAUUGAUGAUGAUUCAGCAAAAGGUUAUGUUGCAAGAACACUUGCUGAACAAGAAUGGGAAAAACUUCAACAAGCUCAUGUAUUAGCAAAUGUACAACAAGCAUUUGAUGUAUCAAGUGAUGCUGAGGGUGAUGGUGAUAAUGAAAGUAUUUUCAGUUCAGCUGCUGAUGUUAUUAGUCCAUCUGGUCAUACUGAUGCACAAACACUUGCAAUGAUGCUACAAGAACAAUUAGAUGCAAUUAAUAUAGAAAUUAGAUUGAUACAAGAAGAAAAACAAAGCACUGAAGCAAGAGCUGAAGAACUUGAAUCAAGAGUUGGAAGUUUAGAACAUAUGAAUUUAUUAACAAGAGGUCGAAGUUUAGAACGUACUUCACCACCACUUAGUGGAAGAUCUACACCAAAAUCUCAUCAUAGUCCAAACAGAGAUUAUCUUCAUAAAUAUCACACGGCACCGGCCUCAAUGUCACCUGCUCAUCUCCAUCAGUAUGCAGCGUCAUUGGUUAGCCCAGGACAACUGUCUGAAUCCUUACCUGCAAGCCAGUUGCAGUUGUCGGGUGAGGAAUUACAUUCAGUUAGUGAAAGAGACAGUGGUGGCGGUGGAAGUGGAGGAAGUGAAGCAGUGUCACCAUUAACAGCAAGAUCAUUGAGACUUGAACGUGUUGUUCAAGCCUUAGCACAUAGUCAAGAAGAACUAAGAAGGCGUACUGGUCAAAGUGGAUUUCCAAGUGGUUUCUCAGCACACAGGCAUGGGCAUCACAACAACGACACAAUGAAUUCUGGAACUACUCCUCCUUCACCGUUGUCUUCACGCCACAGUAGCCAAGACAGUUUGCAUCAAAAUCAUUUGGCCAGUAUGGGACUUCCAAUCGGUCAAUUGUCAAGUUUACAUUUACAACAUAUGCAAGUUACAAUGAGUCCAGCAACAGCAGCAGCAGUUGCAGCAGCACAAAAGAAAAAAGGAAUUAAAAGUAGCCUUGGAAGAUUUUUCAGUAAAAAAGAAAAGAUAAAAGGUAAAGAUACAGCAAUGCCUGGUGAUGUACCAGGAAUGGGUGGCCCUAAUACAAUGGAUUCUGAUUAUGGUGAUAAUAUUUCUUUACCUGGUACACUUAGUGGCAAAAGUGAUUUUGAUCGAAGGAAAAAGAAAAGUAUGCUGGAUUUAUCAAGACAUGAGCUUUUGGGUGAAGCAAUGAAAGCAGGAACACCUUUUGCACUUUGGAAUGGACCAACAAUAGUAGCGUGGUUAGAAUUAUGGGUAGGAAUGCCAGCUUGGUAUGUUGCUGCUUGUCGUGCUAAUGUUAAAAGUGGAGCUAUUAUGAGUGCAUUAAGUGAUACUGAAAUUCAACGUGAAAUUGGUAUUAGUAAUCCACUUCAUCGGCUAAAACUUCGUUUAGCAAUACAAGAAAUGGUAUCAUUAACAAGUCCAUCUGCUCCAAAAACUUCACGUACAACUUUAGCAUUUGGUGACAUGAAUCAUGAAUGGAUUGGUAAUGUUUGGUUACCAAGUUUGGGAUUACCUCAAUAUCGAUCAACUUUCAUGGAGUGCCUUGUUGAUGCUCGUAUGCUUGAUCAUCUUACUAAAAAAGAUCUUCGUGGACAAUUAAGAAUGGUUGAUAGUUUUCACAGAACUAGUCUCCAGUAUGGUAUAUCAUGUUUAAAAAGACUGAACUUUGAUAGACAACAACUUGAGGAUAGAAGAAGAAUGGCAGAGAGUGCAAAUGCUGAUGUUUUAGUGUGGAGCAAUGAACGUGUAAUUAGAUGGGUUCAAUCGAUUGGCUUAAAGGAGUAUGGAAAUCAUCUUUCUGAAUCAGGUGUACAUGGAGCAUUGAUUGCAUUGGACGAGAGUUUUGAUGCAAAUUCAUUUGCUUUGACUCUUCAAAUUCCAACUCAAAAUACUCAAGCUCGACAACAUCUGGAAAUGGAAUUUUCAAAUUUACUUACUGUUGGUACUGAAAGACGAUCUGACGAAUCAAACAGCAUGAAGUCUUAAUAUACUUUAAAUAAAUAGCUAUAAAUUAUUACACAAUCUUAUUAUUUCUAGUCGAGACAUCCCAGUUAAUUAAAAUGAUUAUUGAAAAAUAAUCCAUAUAUUAUUUUUUAAUUUUCACAUAAAUAAAGUGAAUGUAAUUCAAAAAUAUUAAUAUAUAAUUGUGAAGGUAAAAGCUGUAUAGCACUUUAUCAAAGAUAAAAUAUAUAUUUGGCUUUCACAUUAUUUAAUUCCACUGUACAUUAAUUUGUUUUAAAACAUCAUUGUUUAUUAAUAUUUACAAUUCAGUAAAUAUAUUAUUAUUAUUAUUAUUGAUAUCUGUUUUGUUUAGUUAAAAUGAUCGAUAAAUGCUGCGAUGCACAAAAUAAUAAAAGUGUGACAGAAAUGAAAAAAAAAAAUAAUGCAUUAAACUCUAUGUCAGAGAAGAAUUUAUAUAUAAUAUUAAACAAUAAUUGUAACAAACUUCUAAUGACAAUAAUUCUGUCUGAUUUGAAUUUUAAUUAUCAUUCGCACUGAGUAUAUCUGAUCAAUCAAUUCACAAAAGAGAAAAUGCCAAUUUAUGUGCAGCACAAUUCCAUGUUUUUUUUUUUUUUUUAACCAUGUGCAGAUGAAAUAUAAAUUUAAAAACCAUUCGCUGUAUUAUUAUGAGAAAAAAAACAUAUACAAUAA